GAGAGAGAAAAACAAAGAACAAGAAUAAUUUUAUAUGAGAAUGGCAAACAUAGCAGCAAGUCGAUAUCUUUGUGCGGUCGACGGACGAGGUGGUGGACCAAUUCCAGGUAAGAAGGAACGCCCAAAUAGUUCGUCCGUCCGUCCGUCUUGAGCGUGCAGCAAGCGUGCGGGGCCCACAUCACAUUCCGUUCCCUGUGCUCUGCAGACUGCACAGUAGCGACCAAGAGGCCAGGCGGCCCAAGCCAAGGCCAGAGCAAAGCCAGCGCUCUCCUCGUCGUUUACUCCCGCAUACGACGGCAUCGUUCGUCCUCGGGCCGUCGCCAUCGCGGUCGCGAUGCAGCAGAUGAUGAUGAGAGCGUACGCGGCCGGGGCCGGGGCCGAGGCCGACUCCCCCGACGCGGAGCGCAGCCUGGAGGAGGACCUCUCGCUCCCGCUCCUCCUGGCCGAGCGCCUCCGCAAGGCAGCCUCCGACGCGGAUUCCUUCAGGCCCGAGUGCUCCGAACUCGGCCGCGUCGCCGACCUCAUCGCCCACUCCCUCCGCGCCCUCAUCCGCCGCCUCUCCUCCUCCAACUCCAAUUCCAACUCUUGCUACUCCCGCCCCGCCCGCCGCGUCGCAGCCGAGGCCUCCAAAUCCCUCGACCGUGGCCUCUCCCUCGCCCGCCGCUGCCGCCGCCGCCGCUCCUCCCUCCUCCGCCUUGUCGCCGCCAUCGCCACCACCGGCUCCGCCGACUUCCGCCGCGCCCUCGCCCUCCUCGACGCCUCCCUCGCCGACCUCCGCUGGCUCCUCUCCAUCUACACCACCACCGCCGCCGCCGCCGCCACCAACCGUAACGACGGCGGCGACAAUAGCUUCGACGGCGACAAUAACUACGACGACGAAGACGACGACGUCGACGUCGGCGUGGGGCUUAGCCUCCCGCCCAUCGCGAGCACCGACCCGAUCCUGGCCUGGGUGUGGUCGUGCGUGGCCGCCGCGCAGAUGGGCUCCCGCCCCGCCAAGCGAGCCGAGGCCGCCGCCUCCCUGGCCACGCUCGCCCUCGACAGCCAGCGCAACCGCAAGGUCAUCGUCGAGGAGGGCGCCGUGCCCCCGCUCCUCUCCCUCCUCCGCGACGCCUCCUCCCUCGACGCCCAGAUCGCAGCCGCCACCGCCCUUGCCAACCUCGCCGCCGACCGCGACCUCGUCUCCUCCCUCUUGGCCGAGCUCUCCGUCCCCGUCAUCGUUCAGGUGCUGUCGGACUCCCCCAUGAGGCUCCAGGCCCGGCUGGCCACGCUGGCUGCCCGCAUGGCCGCCCAGGACCCCGCCGCGCAGGAGGAAUUCGCCAGGGAGAACGCCGUCCGCCCCCUCGUCUCCCUCCUCUCCUUCGAGGUCCCCCUCGACGACCCCGCACUCUCCACCGCCCCUCCCAGGAGGGCCACGAGCAUCCACUCCUUGGUCAGAAUCAAUCGGGAGUCAAAUUCCACCAACCCCGCCGCCGCCUCCUCCUCCUCCAAUGGCAGCGGCACCGGCGGCAGCGGCAGCGGCAGCGGCAGGGGCGGGUACUACUACCACCACCAGCACCACCGCAAGGAGCGCGAGAACGAGAGCCCCGAGGUGAAGCUCCAGCUCAAGGUCGCCUGCGCCGAGGCCCUCUGGAUGCUCUCCCGCGGCUGCGCCUCCAACAGCCGCAAAAUCACCGAGACCAAAGGCCUGCUCUGCCUCGCCAAGCUGAUCGAGACGGAGAAAGGCGAGCUCCAGCACAACUGCCUCAUGACCGUUGUGGAGAUCGCCGCCGUGGCGGAGUCCGACGCCGAGCUCCGCCGCUCAGCCUUCAAGCUGAAUUCUCCGGCCGCCAAGGCGGUCGUGGAGCAGCUCCUCCGUGUUGCGCAGAAGGGAAGCAGCGCCUCCCUCCAGAUUGCGGCCGUGAGGGCUAUCGGGUCUCUGGCUCGCACUUUCCCUGCUCGCGAGGCUCGGGUCAUGAAGCCGCUGGUGGAACAGCUCGGUCAUUGGAACCCCGACGUCGCCGCAGCGGCGGCCGUCGCGCUGGGCAAGUUUGCUGGCCCUGAGAAUUUUCUCCAUGUGGAGCAUUGCAAGGCUAUCAUUGAGUUUGGAUGCGUGCCGCCGUUGAUGAGGUUGUUGCGGCCGGGCGAGAAGACCCAAUUGCCAGGGCUGGUUUUGCUGUGUUAUCUCGCGCUGGAUGUGCCCAGCAAUGAAGCUCUAGAGCGCGCCAAAGCACUGGGGACUCUCGAAUCGGUCAGCUGUUCCGCGGUGGCACAGAGCCCUUCUUUGAAAGAGCUGAUUCCAAAAGCCAUUUACCAGCUCGAGCUUUUCCGCGCUGGAGUGCAUCCCCGUAUCCCUAUAGGGCCUGAUGCCGUGUGAGUUCUCCCUUUACUGGUACUCUCUUCUUUGUUAUACCACGCAAAAUGAAUCCUUGGAUGGGCUUCUGAAUUUAUCUGCUAUGGAGGGACACAGGUGUCCCGUGCGCAUGGAUAAUGAUGCUUGCAAUAAGGAAAAUAUGAUGGUCCAAUCUUAUUGGAAAUGGUAAUUUUGGUUGUUUCCGUCACUUGUAAAUAAGCUUCGUUUCUUUAGCUGUUAUUCUAGGUCGAUUAAAUUGGAUGUUUGUUUGGCAUUAAAAUGGUGUAAAUAGAUCGUCAUUUAUCAUAAUGUAUUGUGCUAGUGGAAGUAAAUCCAAUAUUCUUAUAUUAUAACUCAUCCUGUGAUUUUUUUUCUUUUUUUUUUGGGGAAGAAAACCAUAGAUGAAAUGAAGGUUCUCCUCACACAGAAUUGGCUUGUUCGAGCUAUAUUAGUUUUCUCACUAUAGUAUAGAUAUCUGACAUUAAUAUCUUGUACUGAUGAUUCAAAGUUUUGAGUGUUGCGACCAAAUCUUAAUGUGGACAUUUGUACUGCAUGUCUUAUAGUUUUGCAUGUUCAGAUGAUAAAGAUUCAUAUACUAUUGAAGUUUUACUGUCAUGGACAUGCACAAGAAAAAGAAAGGAUCCUGGAAAAAUUUUGCUAUCUAAUAUUUUAUACUUUAGUGGACAUGUAAAGAAAUUCCCAAUCACCAGGUGCAGAGCUUUUCAAAAGACGGCAUUUAUGCAGUUGCUAAUUUUGAAAAAAAAAAAGUUCUUUCUGUGGAGAGCAUUCACUAAUCAGUUUCAGGCCACACUAAUCAAAUUAUCUGAUCUGUAAAAGGAACAUAAGCAGCUGGCCAGAUGAUGGUGAUGGGCUUGACAAGAUCCUUUAGAUUGAUGGUAAGAGAGAAGCUCUUGGGGCGCCGAUUUUCAUUUUUCUCCUUUGGGGAUGAGACAUCAUCUUUGGAAUGAGAUGAGAAUAUCACUUUUGUUUUCGUUGUCGUCAUCCUCAUCAACAACGAAGCAUUGUACUGGAAAAUGAGAAAUACAAGUACUGAUUAUUCGAUUAAAUCACAUAUCCUUGGUUUUGCGGAUUGACAGAAAAUCACCUUAUAGCACUUACGAGACUUCACCACCUCAUGGAAGCUAAUCUGUUCUGUUAUCCUUUUUCAUUUUGCCAAUCUUUACUGUGAUUUGCUAAACUUUGAUAGUACUGAAGCUGGAUUAAAAGAAAAAAAAGAAAGGAAAAGAACUAAUCGAAUUCUUGUAUUGUUCAGGAGGUACAUGAUGGCAGAUUUUAAGCAGAAGAUCAAUGAUCAAUAACAAAACACUUAUGCUCACAAAAGGAUAUACUAAUUGGUGGCACUAUUUUGGACCUGUCCUAUGCGGCAGAGCCUGGAGAGGGGUAAGGAUGCUGUCCGAGGUGUGAAGUAACACCUGCGCUGAGCACCAUCUAACGUCACACACAGGACCAAAUAACAUCCUUUUUUGAAUGCUUGUGAUGUUGCAUCGUUCCGGAGGAAAAAGUUCGGAUAUUUUGAAAUUGCUUCUUCUAAAGAUGGGUGCUGGUGGAAAAAAUGUUCUGGUCAUCGGAAAUAGGACAUGGGGAGCAAUUAUGCACAUUCUAGAACGAAUUGUGGAAAUAAGUUCAAAUCAGCUUUGGUUUCAUACUGUUGUCUCUCGAUUGUGAUAAGGGCUUAAAUGUGCUGUGAUGACCGUAGCUCAGAUGAUCGCCAACAUGUAAAGAUUCCAGGUGAGAGUACAAGCACUAGAAAAGCCUGGUACCAGUGAAUUAGGAGAUCACAUGGCUGCAGUAAAUUAAAAGGUAUUCAUGCUAAGUUAGAAGAGAAACAAAGAGAGAACUGUUAUCUCUCAUUUUUUUUGUCUUUUUGCAAUUAUGUGUAACUAGUCAUUAAUUAUUGUGCUGAAGCCUGGGGAGGUUUUGUUCCUACUGUUGUGGCCGCAUCAUAGACCUAAAAGGAAACGCAAUUUCAAUCUGCCGAGUUCUUUUCGAUUGAAA